AUGGCGGAGAAUUCAUCCACCGUGCCGCCGAACCAUCUCGGCACCUCGGUGCCCACCGGUGGUCUCGACGAGAAGCGCGCCCUCGAACAAGAACAUCAGGAGGCACCCGCCGCCGAUCUCCCCCCCAAGAAGGAGACCGUCGACGACGAUGAGGAGGAGGACAUGGAUGCGUUGAUCGAGGAGCUCGAGUCGCAGGACGCCGGUCAAGAGGAAGAGGAGGAGGAGGAGGGCGGCGCUCGCCCUGGCGGUGCCCGUGUCGUGCCUGAGGAACUCCUCCAGACCGACACGCGCACCGGUCUGUCCACCGACGAGGUUGGCCGUCGUCGCAAGAAGUACGGUCUCAAUCAGAUGAAGGAGGAGAAGGAGAAUCUGAUCCUGAAGUUCCUCGGGUUCUUCAUCGGUCCUAUCCAGUUCGUCAUGGAGGCCGCUGCCGUUCUCGCUGCUGGUCUCGAGGACUGGGUUGAUUUCGGUGUCAUCUGCGCUCUGCUCCUGCUCAACGCCGCCGUCGGUUUCAUCCAAGAAUUCCAAGCCGGUUCCAUCGUCGCCGAAUUGAAGAAGACCCUCGCUCUCAAGGCCACCGUUCUCCGUGACGGUGCGCUCGUCGAAGUCGCCGCUCCUGAGGUCGUGCCUGGUGAUAUCCUCCAGAUCGAAGAGGGUACCAUCAUCCCAGCCGAUGGCCGCAUCGUCACCGAGGAUGCCUUCCUCCAGGUCGAUCAGUCUUCCAUCACCGGUGAAUCGCUCGCUGUGGACAAGCACAAGGGCGAUACCUGCUACGCGUCGUCUGCCGUCAAGCGUGGUGAGGCCUUCAUGGUCAUCAGCGCUACUGGUGACAGCACUUUCGUCGGUCGUGCCGCUUCGCUCGUCGCAUCCGCCUCUGGUGGCACCGGCCAUUUCACUGAGGUGCUGAACGGCAUCGGGACGAUCCUCCUGGUGCUUGUCAUCGCCACGCUCCUGAUCGUCUGGGUCUCGUCCUUCUACCGCUCCAACCCCAUCGUCGAGAUCCUCGAGUUCACCCUGGCCAUCACCAUCAUCGGUGUGCCCGUCGGUCUUCCCGCUGUCGUCACCACCACCAUGGCUGUCGGUGCCGCCUAUCUCGCCAAGAAGCAGGCCAUCGUCCAGAAGCUGUCUGCCAUCGAGUCCCUGGCCGGUGUCGAGAUCCUCUGCUCCGACAAGACCGGUACCUUGACCAAGAACAAGCUGUCCCUCGCCGAGCCGUACUGCGUCGCCGGCGUUGACCCGGAAGAUCUCAUGCUCACCGCGUGCCUGGCUGCCUCUCGCAAGAAGAAGGGUAUCGAUGCCAUCGACAAGGCCUUCCUGAAGUCCCUCAAGUACUACCCCCGUGCCAAGAACGUCCUGUCCAAGUACAAGGUCAUCAACUUCUUCCCCUUCGAUCCCGUCUCCAAGAAGGUUACCGCCAUCGUGGAGUCCCCUCAAGGUGAGACCAUCACCUGUGUCAAGGGCGCUCCGCUUUUCGUCCUCAAGACCGUCGAAGAGGAUCACCCUAUCCCCGAUGAGGUCGACGAGGCCUACAAGAACAAGGUCGCCGAAUUCGCCACCCGUGGUUUCCGCUCGCUCGGUGUCGCUCGCAAGCGCGGCGAUAACUCUUGGGAAAUCCUCGGCAUCAUGCCUUGCUCCGACCCUCCCCGUCACGACACCGGUCGCACGAUCAACGAAGCCAAGACCCUCGGUCUGUCCAUCAAAAUGCUGACUGGUGAUGCCGUCGGCAUCGCUCGUGAAACCUCUCGUCAGCUCGGUCUCGGAACCAACGUCUACAACGCCGAACGUCUCGGUCUCGGUGGCGGUGGUGAGAUGCCCGGUUCCGAAGUCUAUGAUUUCGUCGAGGCCGCCGACGGUUUCGCCGAGGUGUUCCCCCAGCACAAGUACAACGUCGUCGAGAUCCUGCAACAGCGUGGCUACCUCGUCGCCAUGACGGGUGACGGUGUCAACGACGCUCCCUCGCUCAAGAAGGCCGACACCGGUAUUGCCGUCGAGGGCGCCUCUGAUGCCGCCCGAUCCGCUGCCGAUAUCGUCUUCCUCGCCCCCGGUCUGUCCGCCAUCAUCGACGCGCUCAAGACUUCCCGCCAGAUUUUCCACCGCAUGUACGCCUACGUCGUCUACCGUAUCGCGCUAUCCCUCCAUUUGGAAAUCUUCCUGGGUCUCUGGAUCGCGAUCCUCAACACCUCGCUGAACCUGGAAUUGGUCGUCUUCAUCGCCAUUUUCGCUGACAUCGCCACCCUGGCUAUCGCCUACGACAACGCGCCCUUCUCCAAGACCCCCGUCAAGUGGAACCUGCCCAAGCUCUGGGGAAUGUCCGUCCUUCUCGGCAUCGUCCUGGCCAUCGGCACCUGGAUCACCCUCACCACCAUGAUGCCGUACCAUAACGACUCCAAUGACGAACCCGGCCAAGGCAUCUACGGUGGUAUCGUCCAGAACUUCGGUGUCCGCGACGAGGUCCUAUUCCUCGAGAUCUCGCUGACGGAGAACUGGCUGAUCUUCAUCACCCGCGCCAACGGGCCGUUCUGGAGCAGCAUUCCCAGCUGGCAGCUCACCGGUGCCAUUCUGAUCGUCGACAUCAUCGCCACCUUCUUCUGCCUGUUCGGCUGGUUCAUUGGCGGCCAGACCAGCAUCGUCGCCGUCGUGCGUAUUUGGAUCUUCUCAUUCGGCGUCUUCUGCGUCAUGGGCGGUCUUUACUACCUCAUGCAGGGCUCGCAAGGAUUCGACAACUUCAUGCACGGCAAGGGCCUGCGCAAGGAUGCGAAGCAGAGGAGCCUGGAAGAUUUCGUUGUCUCAUUGCAACGUGUCUCCACCCAGCACGAAAAGACCCAGUAA